CCCCUUUGUCUGUAGUGGAAUCGGAAAUGGAAAAAAAAUGUAUAAUUUGCACUUAGUUCAAUGAACCUUGGGUGGACCGGAAGCGGUUGCAAAUUCAAAUACGGUUGGAAAGAUGUUUUCCUUCAGACGUGGUAGCUAAUAACAACGACAGAGAACCAUUUAUAGAGCUUCGUGUGGUGAAACGAAGGAUUUUCCCAAGUGGAUUGCACCUGAAGAUCACAGGUCUAUCGGAGAAUGGCACUGAACCAAGAUGAAAUAAUAGAAGGAAUGGAGAUUAAAAUGGAAGUGGAAGAAGAGGCAACCAAUUCUGAAGUGCAGGUAGAUGUUGCUGGCAGUGAAGAGGAGUCAGAUAAAGCCUUGUCCAAUAGUAACCCCUCAACACCUAAAAGGGGAAGGGGUAGGCCGCCCAAAAAGGGAUCAGUCUCCAAGUCAGAUAAAUCCUUGUCUAAUGGUAACCCCUCAACACCUAAAAGGGGAAGGGGUAGGCCGCCCAAAAAAGGAUCAGUCUCCAAGUCAGAUAAAUCCUUGUCUAAUGGUAACCCCUCAACACCUAAAAGGGGAAGGGGUAGGCCGCCCAAAAAGGGAUCAGUCUCCAAGUCAGAUAAAUCCUUGUCUAAUGGUAACCCCUCAACACCUAAAAGGGGAAGGGGUAGGCCGCCCAAAAUUGGAUCUGUCUCCAAGUCAGAUAAUGCUUUGUCUAAUUGUAACCCCGUAACACCUAAGAGAGGUAGGCCUAAAGGAUCAGUGUUUAUGAAAACCAAGAUGCUGAAGGUGAUCGGCCUCGCAGUGGCUUGCCUACCCCGAAAACCAGUUGACCCCUCCCCAAAGAAGCGUGGCCGGCCCAGUAAAGUUGAAUCGAUAAGGAAGAUACUAACACCAGAUGAGGAAGAAGAGCUAAAGAAACUGGCAAGCCAACUAAGGCCACUCGGAAGGCCGCGUAUCUAUCCACGCAAGGAUUCUCCAGUCACUGAACCCAGGGGAAGAGGUCGCCCACGCAAGACUGAGGCUGCCACCAAGUCCCCCAUCUAUGAUGGUCCCCCACGGAAAAGGGGCCGUCCCCCUGGUGCAGCAAACAAAGUUAAGAGGAAGGCAGAGCACGAUAAGGCCAACAGUGAACCUCCAGUCAAACGCUCCUUCCACGCCAAAGAAAAAAGCAAGGAAGCAGGAUUUCCACCUGUGGAAGAAAGUGAUCAGGAAGAUGAAACCGGGUGGGUGGAUCAAGAAAGUGAAAAGUGGAAGGUGGAAUAUAGAGAAGAUCCCAAGAAGCCAGUUACCCCCAGUGACUCCACUAGCUUUCUCUGGGCUAGCCACAUAACACCUAAGAGAGGUAGGCCUAAAGGAUCGGUCUCCAAGUUACUGGCUAGCCACAUAACACCUAGCCCUAAAGGAUCGGUCUCCAAGUUAGGGGAUAGCCCCAUAACACCUAAGAGAGGUAGGCCUAAAGGAUCGGUCUCCAAGUUACUGGCUAGCCCCAUAACACCAAACAGAGGUAGGCCUAAAGGAUCGGUCUCCAAGUUACUGGGUAGCCCCAUAACACCAAACAGAGGUAGGCCUAAAGGAUCGGUCUCCAAGUUACUGGGUAGCCCCAUAACACCAAACAGAGGUAGGCCUAAAGGAUCGGUCUCCAAGUUACUGGCUAGCCCCAUAACACCUAAUAGAGGUAGGCCUAAAGGAUCGGUCUCCAAGUUACUGGGUAGCCCCAUAACACCAAACAGAGGUAGGCCUAAAGGAUCGGUCUCCAAGUUACUGGCUAGCCCCAUUACAGCUAACAGAGGUAGGCCUAAAGGAUCGGUCUCCAAGUUAGGGGCUAGCCCCACAACACCUAAGAGAGGUAGACCUAAAGGAUCGGUCUCCAAGUUAGGGGCUAGCCCCAUAACACCUAAGAGAGGUCGGCCGAAAGGAUCCGUGUUUACGCAACUCAAGAUGCUGAAGGAGACUGGCAAGCAGCUGCGAGGCCGACCUCGAGAAGUGGUUGACCUCUCCCUUGAUAAGCAUGGCCGGCCCAGUAUAGUUCAAUUGAAAAGGGGUAGGCCAAAGAAGAUACUAACACCAGAUGAGGAAGAAGAGCUAAAGAAACUGGAAAGCCAACUAAGGCCACGUAUCCAUACACGCGAUGAUCCUCCAGUCACUGAGCCCAGGGGAAGAGGUCGCCCACGCAAGACGGAGGAUGGCACCAAGUCCCCCAUCUAUGAUGGUCCCCCACGGAAAAGGGGCCGUCCCCCUGGUGCAGCAAACAAAGUUAAGAGGAAGGCAGAGCAGGAUAAGGCCAACAGUGAACCUCCAGUCAAACGCUCCUUCCACUCCAAAGAAAAAAGCGAGGAAGCAGGAUUUCCACCAGUGGAAGAAAGUGAUCAGGAAGAUGAAACCGGGUGGGUGGAUCAAGAGAGUGAAAAGUGGAAGGUGGAAUAUAGAGAAAACCCCAAGAAGCCAGUUACCCCCAGUGACCCCACUAGCUUUCUCUGGGCUAGCCACAUAACACCUAAGAGAGGUAGGCCUAAAGGAUCGGUCUCCAAGUUACUGGCUAGCCACAUAACACCUAAGAGAGGUAGGCCUAAAGGAUCGGUCUCCAAGUUACUGGCUAGCCCCAUAACACCUAACAGAGGUAGGCCUAAAGGAUCGGUCUCCAAGUUACUGGGUAGCCCCAUAACACCUAACAGAGGUAGGCCUAAAGGAUCGGUCUCCAAGUUACUGGCUAGCCCCAUAACACCUAACAGAGGUAGGCCUAAAGGAUCGGUCUCCAAGUUACUGGGUAGCCCCAUAACACCUAACAGAGGUAGGCCUAAAGGAUCGGUCUCAAAGUUACUGGCUAACCCCAUAACACCUAAGAGAGGUAGGCCGAAAGGAUCCGUUUCCAAGUUAGGCGUUAGCCACAUAACACCUAAGGGAGGUUGGCCUAAAGGAUCAGUGUUUACACAACCCAAGAUGCUGAAGGUGAUGAGGAAGCCACAGCGUGGCCGGCCCAGUAAAGUUGAAUCGAUAAGGAAGAUCCUAACACCCAAUGAGGAAGAGGAUAGAAAGAAACUGGAAAGCCAACCAAGGCGGCCACUCGGAAGGCCACGUAUCUAUACACGCGAUGAUCCUCCAGUCACUGAGCCCAGGGGAAGAGGUCGCCCACGCAAGACGGAGGCUGCCACCAAGUCCCCCAUCUAUGAUGGUCCCCCACGGAAAAGGGGCCGUCCCCCUGGUGCAGCAAACAAAGUUAAGAGGAAGGCAGAGCAGGAUAAGGCCAACAGUGAACCUCCAGUCAAACGCUCCUUCCACUCCAAAGAAAAAACAGAUGAAGCAGGAUUUCCACCAGUAGAAGAAAGUGAUCAGGAAGAUGAAACGGGGAGGGUGGAUGAAGAAAAUGAAACAGGGAAGAAUAUAGAGAAGUCACCAAGAAGCCAGUUACCCCCAGUGACUGUAAUAGCUUUAUCGGUGCCAUAAGCAGGAUGAUGUUUGGCGACAGCCCAGCCAGCGACGGUACCCCUUUAUCUAGUUUAUAAAGAUGCGUGUGCCAAUAUAGCCUAAUUUUUGAUAGAAAACUACAUGAUCAGAUGAGGGUGGCCUAUUAGGGUGAUCACUGUCAUGAACAUACACAGAAAAAAGAUAUAAAACGCAGCAUGUAAAGUGUUGCUCCCAUGUUUCAUGAGCUGAAAUAAAAGAUCCCAGACAUUUUAAAUACGCAUAAAAAGCAACUCAAAUUGUGCAAAAGGUGUGUUUACAGUCCUGUUAGUGAGCAUUUCUCCUUUGCUAAGAUGAAUUCAUCCACCAGACAGGUGUGCCAUAUCAAGAAGCUGAUUAAACAGCAUGGUCAUUACACAGGUGCACCUUGUGCUGGGGACAUAAAAGGCCACUAAAAUGUGCAGUUUUGUCACACAAGUUGAGUGUGCAAUUGGCAUGUUGACUGCAGCAAUGUUCACCAGAGCUAUUGCCACAAUUUAAUUUUAUCGAUGGCAAUUUGAAUGCACAGAGAUAGUGACAACAUCCUGAGGCCCAUUGUCGUGCCAUUUAUCUGCCGCCAUCACCUCAUGUUUCAGCAUGAAAAUGCACAGCCCCAAGUCGCAAAGAACUGUACACAAUUCCUGGAAGCUGUAACUGUACCAGUUAUUCCAUGGCCGGCAUACUCACCAGACAUGUCACCCAUUGAGCACAUUUGGGAUCCUCUGGAUCAACAGCAUGUUCCAGGUCCCGCCAAUAUCCAGCAACUUCACACAGCCAUUGAAGAGGUGUGGUACAACAUUCCACAGGCCACAAUCAACACCCUGAUCAACUCUAUACGAAGGAGAUGUCACGCUGCAUGAGACAAAUACUGACUGGUUCUGAGCCACACCUCUGCUUUAUUUUUAAUUUUUAAAGGUAUCUGUGACCAAAAGAUGCUUAUCUAUUCCUAGUCAUGUGAAAUCCAUAGAUAAAAAAAGGUCUAAUUCAUUUAUUUGAAUUGACUAAUUUCCUUAUAUGAACUGUACCUCUUGUUGAAUUUUUAUUUUUUGUUCAGUGUAGAUAUUGCAUUCCCCUUUUUAUGGGGUUAAAAUGGUUAUUGUUAUCUGGACUGUGCAACUUUCAAUUCAACAUCCCUAAAAAUGUAUCCAUUAAGACAUACAGAUAUUCACUUCUUUGAGGGUUUUGUUCACUAAUAUUAUCCUUGUAGUUUUCUUAUCAACAUUACUCAAAUCUUUAGGAUUUAGACUACUGUAUUUUGUUGGCUGUCAGUCAAAAAACUACUUUUUGAUAGAACCUGGGCCCAGUUUCCCAAAAGCAUCUUACGGCUAAGUUCAUAGUUAGAGCCAUAGGAUCCUAUGGUUCUCAUGAACGUAGCCUUGAAAUGCUUUUGGAAAACUGGACCCAGAGGAGAGUAACAUUUCAAACGGGGCAGCUUGUGUGAGAUUUUUCUAGGUUAGUCUCAAUUGAGUCUUCACAUUCUAGUCAAAAUGUUCUAGAAUCAUGUUAUCGUCUGUCGGUGAUAUUUUAAUGUCUGAGGGUAGUAUGAAUGAGUUGUUUUCAGUGACUAAUUUGUGUAAGUUUACUGCAGUAAAAUGUCAGACGUAUUACAUUUGAUGGUUUUUAAAUCUCAAUAAAAAGCAAAAAGGUC